AUGUACGGUGUGAUUCGGUUCCUCGAUACGCCGCUCCUCCCUAGCUCCACACCAGAAGAUUGCCCAAAAGUCAUUAAAUCCGGAAUCGACGAUGAAGGACAACACCCCAAAUCACCCGCCGUCACUGGACCCUGUGGCGUGGCAACAUUGCUGCACCGCAUCGGCAGUGAACAACUUCUUGAGCGGUUGCUCGACGUGAAUGGGACAGAGGAGUUUGACUUGGUCGUGCACACGCCAAAGGACAGUGUCCAUCAAGACCUAUAUGUCCGACGGCGAGCUCGAGAGGUUGAGAUGGGCUUUAUAGACUCGGAAGGGCGGUAUGCCCAGCCUGGCAUGCGAUACCGUAUCGAAGAUUCUCCAUCAGAACCCCCCUUUCAAGGUGUUGCGAAGUGGGUACCCGUAUCGACGUCCGAGUUCGGUGAGCCAUGGGGUGGGGCCGAACACUGGGUCCGCGCACAGGGGAGUGCGUUCGCAAAAGCUAUUUGGUACAACCAAUACUUCGACUACCCUAACAUUGACGUCAACUGGAGCCCGGGUCAGACAGAAAAAGACACAGAAGCACUCGCAACAUGGAUGAAGGAACGCGCAGAUAGGCUAAAGAUGCAGAGUGACAAGGAGGACGCGGAGUACGAAGAGAGGAAGAAAAUCUUCGGGGAUAGGUUUCAUUUGGAGGAGGAUCGGUUAGCAAGGGAAACACACGCGAAGAUUAAACGUGCAUGCCGUGCACAGUGUGGGGAGGACAAUCCGACGUUGAUCUCAUUUGUGUCAACUUUCAAAGGAUAUUGUAGUAAGAAGUGUCAGGAGGAAGACUGGAAGUAUCAUAAGACAUACUGCGGAUCGGAGACUCCAAUUUCUGAACUCGCAGCCUAG